AUGACCAUCUGCAAGGCGAUUGCUGGGAGGAAAAAGGUGCACGUUGUGAAUUAUGGCAAGCAAUAUGGGUUCCAGUGGCCAAGUUUGCUGGCCUUUUUUGCUACUUGGGAGGGUGGACCACCGGAAGUGAGGAUCACCGGCGUUGACCUCCCCCAACCUCGGUUCCGCCCAGCUGCUCGAAUUGAGAAGACAGGGAGCCGGCUCAGCAAUUUCGCCCGCCAAUGUGGCGUGCCAUUCAAGUUCCAUAGCAUCGUGGCAAAGUGGGAUACCACUCGUGUAGAUGAUCUGAACAUUGACCGUGAUGAGGUACUCAUCAUCUGUAGUAUCAUCCAGUUUGGAAACUUGAUGGAUGAGGGCAUCGACAUAUAUAGCCCAAGGCCCAGGGAUGUGGUCCUCAAUAACAUCUGGAAGAUGCGGCCAGAUGUGUUUAUCCUUUGUGUUGUGAAUGGCUCAUGUAGCGUGCCAUUCUUUGUAACACGGUUCCAGGAGGCACUGUUCUAUGACUCUGCAAUGUUUGACAUGCUGGAUGCUACGGCCCCACGGGACUCUGACCAGCGCUUGUUGGUUGAGCGUGAUCUCAUUGGCCACUCUGCUCUGAAUGUCAUUGCCUGUGACUUGGACAGGGUGGAGCGCCCUGAGACAUAUAAGCAAUGGCAGGUGCGGAACCACCAGGCAUGACUUAGGCAGCUACCGUUGUAUCCAGAUAUUGUUAAGAUCUUGUGUGACAAGGUCAAGAACCAGUACCAUAAGGACUUUAUCAUUGAUGUGGAUCAUCAGUGGUUCCUGGAAGGGUUGAAGGGGCGCAUACUCUAUGCCAUGUCAACAUGGUUUGCAGAUGAAGCUAUCUCAGAAUUGUAG